AUGAAUAGUUGCCAAAAUGAUCAAAAUAAUACACAAAUCACUUUAGAAUUUACGCGAAAAUAUACUGUAAAUGAUCUUUCAGAGAGCUAUUCCAGGCAAAUAUCACAAAAACAAUUGAAAUUUGGUACUUUAAUGGGUGAAGCCAAAAAGGCAAUUCAAUUUGCGAUUCAAGAUGAUGAUGAAGAACUAAUUCAGUUUAUAAGAGAAUAUAACAAAAGAAGGGAAGCUCAAUUAAUUCAAGCAGAAUCAAUUAGACAACAAGAAGAUUUAGAAAGAAGAAAAAUGAUUGCAAAUGAUAAUCGAGUUUUUCAUAAUACAAGGGGAGUAUUGGUUGAUUCUAAUCAAAUAAUGGAUACGUUAAAGCAUCAACCAAAGGGUAGACCCGCAACGAAGCGGUUAAAAUCAUCUUUUGAAAAAUCAGGUUCAAAUAAAGUCAAAAAUGGGAGUGAACAAGCAAUUUCUGGUGAUAAAGGUCGUAAGUGUGGUUUAUGUGAAGAAAACGGUCAUUAUCGUAAUACUUGUUCAAAACAAUAA